UCAUAUAUGAACACAAGGUCUUCAUGUUGGUGGGGCUGUCUUUAAAUCUGAGCAUAGAAGAGGUGAUUAAAAACUAAGACAGAGAUUUAGGACCACAAUCGAUCAAACAAGGUUUAUACCAGAAUUACUGUGAAUACAGGGAGAAACUAUGACUGAGAAUGGGUGUGAGUAUCAUGAGAGAGUGUUGACGGUGGACACUAUGAACCCAAACAUUAAGCGAUUGGAAUAUGCUGUACGGGGUCCCAUAGUCCAGAGAGCAGUUCAGAUCGAUAAAGAACUCAAGAUGGGCAUAAAAAAACCAUUUACAGAAGUCAUUAAAGCCAACAUCGGUGACUGCCAUGCAAUGGGCCAGAAACCCAUUACCUUCUUCAGACAGGUGUUGGCAUUGUGCUCUUAUCCAGAUCUUCUUGAAGACAACAAAUUUCCAGAAGAUGCCAAAAGUAGAGCACAGCGCAUUCUAAAAGCUUGUGGUGGAGGAAGCCUUGGUGCUUACAGUACUAGUCAGGGAAUUGAAAUGAUUCGACAGGAUGUUGCACGCUACAUUGAACGACGUGAUGGAGGAAUUGCAUGUGAUCCUGACAACAUUUAUCUCUCAACAGGAGCCAGUGAUGCAAUUGUGACCAUGCUUAAGUUAAUGGUGUCAGGUGAAGGAGCAUCCCGUACAGGAGUGAUGAUAUCAAUUCCUCAGUACCCACUAUAUUCUGCUGCUCUGGCUGAGUUGGGUGCGGUGCAAAUAAAUUAUUAUUUGGAUGAAGACAACUGCUGGAGUUUGGACAUUAAUGAGUUACGACGUGCCCUGCAGGAAGCAAAGAAACACUGCAGACCUCGAGCUCUGUGCAUUAUCAAUCCUGGCAACCCCACAGGUCAAGUGCAAAGUCGGCAGUGCAUCGAGGAGGUUAUCCGAUUUGCUGCAGACGAAAACCUUUUUCUCAUGUCUGACGAGGUCUAUCAGGACAACGUUUAUGCCGACGGAUGCAAGUUUCACUCUUUUAAGAAGGUGCUGUUUGAAAUGGGUCCACAAUACUCUAGUAAAGUGGAACUAGCUUCAUUUCACUCAACAUCAAAGUGUUACAUGGGAGAGUGUGGUUUUCGUGGCGGCUACAUGGAGGUGGUAAAUCUUGACCCUGAAGUGAAAGUUCAACUUACUAAGCUGGUGUCUGUGCGUCUGUGUCCUCCGGUGCCCGGACAGGCUCUUCUAGAUGUGGUUGUUAAUCCGCCUCAACCAGAUGAACCCUCAUAUGACACAUUCAUUAAGGAACGCUCAGACACUUUGGCUGCUCUAGCAGAGAAAGCCAGCAUGACGCAAGACAUCUUAAAUCAAGUACCUGGAAUAAAAUGUAACCCAGUGCAGGGUGCAAUGUACACUUUCCCAAGGAUCCACCUCCCACCGAAAGCCAUAUUGAAGGCCAAGGAAAACGGACAAUCUCCAGACAUGUUCUACUGUAUGAAGCUUCUGGAAGAAACAGGCAUUUGUUUGGUUCCGGGCAGUGGUUUUGGACAGCGAGAUGGCACCUACCAUUUCAGAAUGACUAUUCUUCCUCUGAAAGAUAAACUGAAGGUAGUGUUGGCCAAAAUUAAGGAUUUUCACCAGAUCUUUACAGAGCAGUACUCUUAACUGUGGCCAUCCCAUUUUUGAGAUGUGCUUUAGAUAUAGUAGAUGCCUGCAAUGCAAGUGAAGUUCUGCUUCCAGUACAUAAGAUGCAAGGUGAACACUGGACAUGCUGAGAUUUCAGUAUAAUGCACAUAGCCCUGCCAUACUAGGUGCGUACUAGGUUCUUUUGAAAAAGACAUCAAAGGCUUUUGUGGACAAAAACUUAAAAUGACAUUUGUGGAUCUUGCUGUGAAAGUAAAAAAAUAAAAAUAAAU